AUAAAUUAGAUCUAAACACUUGAAAUCGUAAAUCAAGAACACCAAAAACUGAUCAUGUUCCCUUUCUUGAAGCAUCAGUCGAGGUCGGUCCACGGUGAUGAUGCUCCGUCCUCUCCGGAGCUCAGAAUCACCAUCUCCGCCGUAGAGACAGGAGGCGCGUGUACGACACUCACUGUCUGGAGAAAAUCGCUUCUAGUGAGUUGCGAAGGAUUCACGGUGAUAGAUUCGAAUGGAGAUCUGAUUUAUCGGGUCGAUCAUUAUGCCCGAACCCAACCCCAAGAACUCAUCCUGAUGGAUAAAGAUGGAAACGCUGUCUUCCUCAUGAAUCGUACCAAGAAAAUUACGUUAGUAGAAACUUGGGGAAUAUAUGAAGCAAAGGAUACAAAUGGAGAAGCAAAAGUGCCAAAGAACCCAAUUUGGUACAUGAGGAAGAACUUAAAGCUGAAUGUUCUGAACACCAAAUCCGACAUUUUAGCGUACGUAUUUUCAGGACCGUUCAAUAAGAAGAGCUCUUACGUCAUCAAAGGAUCUUACAGAUGCAAAUCGUGCAAAAUCUUGCACGUCCCAUCGAACCGGACAGUGGUGGAGAUCAAAAGAAAAGAAGUCAAAACUAAAGGAAUCUGUUUCGGUUCGGAUGUUUUUGAUCUGGUUGUUAGUCCCGGUUUUGAUACCGGUUUGGCAAUGACUUUGGUUUUGUUAUUAGACCACAUGUUCUCUUAAGUCUUAAUGAAAAUCUCCUUUUUUCUUUUUUGCUGGUGUCAAUUGUACAUCAAUAAUUGAAAAUAAAUAUAC